GCGGGGGUCAGACAUGCGCAGUGCGGAGGCAGUGUGCAGCGGAGAGCGCGCGACUCUCUCCGGCUCCGACAGAGUCCCGGAGUGUCCGGAUACCUGAAGGAUGACGGACUGACUGACGGAUGAGCUGCUCCGCCAGAGUGCGAGCGGAACCAACGGGCUGGAGACGCUGGUCGGUUCAGGAUCGAUCAAAAGUGACCGAUCGGGCAGCUGGUUAAGUGUGAGAGCGGAGUUGAGCGCUUUUAGACCAACUGGACUCUACUUUCUUCAUCCAUCCAUCACCUCUUCUUCAUCCGCAAUGAAAACGCCGCUGAGCCCUUCUCUGCUUCUGGAGAGCAGGCAGAUCUUUGCCUUUGGAGCGAUAGGUCAGGAGCUAAUGGACACACCCACACCUUCAACCCUCCCUCUCCCCGUCCAGCAGACUCCAUCCCCAGGCCAGGGCGGGACAUACUCGUUGUGUGAGGUGUGUAACCUGCAGCUGACCUCCACUGCUCAGGCCCAGCUGCACUACAACGGCAGGUCUCACCUCCGGAGGGUGAAGCAGCUGCAGGCGGGGCAGACACGACAACAGGCAGCAGCUGGAGCUCAGACCAGGUCGCUUCCUCCAGCCGCAGGGUUUAACUGCCAGCCUGCAGGACUGACUCAGACUGGGGGACUGAAUCGAGCCCUCAGUGCUUCCAGCGCGACUUCAGGAAGUGGGAGCGGUGGAGUGGGCGGGGCGUUGCCCGGCAUAAUUGGCGCCACCGGUCCCUCGGUGAUGAUGAAACCAUUCCUGCCGUUUCCCAUGGAGACGACGUCGCCAGUCGGACUCUUCCCAAACUUCAACACGAUGGACCCGGUGCAGAAGGCUGUCAUCAAUCACACCUUUGGUGUUACCAUGGUGCCCAAGAAGAAACAGGUCAUCUCCUGCAGCGUUUGCCAACUGAGGUUCAACUCUGACUCGCAGGCGGAAGCUCAUUAUAGAGGCAGCCGUCAUGCCAAGAAGCUGAAGUCUCAGGAGAACAAGGCCAAAGCCAAGCUGUCAGUCACGCCUGAGACCAACGGGAACAGCUGUGGUCCUGCUGGUCCGGCCCAUCCGCUCCCUGCUACCAGCGGCAACAGUCAGGGCACAGAACUGUUCUCCAUCCCCCCAGACUCCCUGUCCUCCGUUAAGCCGUGCCUCCCGUCCUCCACCUCCCCUCUCCCCUCCUCUCCCUCCGUUAGCAGAGCUGGCAGUGAGCCUCCGCCGUCCAGCCCGCCCUCCGCCCUUCCAGCCCCCGGCCUCUCUUCGUCUUCCUCAUCCUCCUCCUCUUCAAAAUCUUGCCCCCCAUCUUCAGUCGCCCCCGCUGCCCCGCAGACCACCUCCUCAUCCUCCCAGGACGCUCCUCUCUCAGCGGAGUCCGAGGAGGAGAAGGCGAAGAAGCUGCUGUACUGCUCUCUGUGUAAAGUCGCCGUCAACUCUCUGUCUCAGCUGGAGGCUCAUAAUGCAGGUUCAAAGCACAAAACGAUGCUGGAGGCGCGCAGCGGCGCGGGGCCCAUCAAAGCUUACCCCCGACCAGGGGCCAAACUGAAGAACGGCAGCAGCUCGGCCCUGAAGGGCUCCGGCCUGCAGAACAAAACCUUCCACUGCCAGAUCUGUGACGUUCACGUCAAUUCUGAGAUCCAACUCAAACAGCACAUUUCCAGCAGAAGACACAAGGACAGGGUGGCAGGAAAACCCAGCAAGCCAAAAUACAGCCCUUACAACAAGCCGCAGCGCGACUCGCUCACUAAGGAGCUGGCAAAGCCUUCUCUAUCUCCUUCCUUCCUUUCCUCUCCUUUCACCUCCACUUCCUCGCCUCUCCCUCCCUCCAUUUCCCUUCCUCCUUCCUCCAUCACCUCCUCCCCCCUCCUCUCGCACACCUCCUCGCCUCUCACCCCCGCCAUCUCCCUCCACCCUCGCCCUGCGUCGUCCUCGUCCCUCUUCACCGCCUCCUUCCUGCGUCCCGCUCCCGGACCCAUCAGAACCAACCAAGGAUCAAUUCUCUUCGCGCCCUACUGAUGUCCGUGGGAGUGGCGGGGAGUCGAGCCCACAACCUUUGACCCCGCUGUGUGCUGGAGCUUCAGCUGUUGCUGCGGCUUGCUUACUUGACUGAAUCUUCCUGCAGAGACAUGAAGAGGAUGGAGACGUCCUGCUUUUUGAUCAAAGACCCUCUGGUUCCAUCCAGCACCUCCAGAUGCGGAGGGGUGGGGGUCCCGUUGCGUUCACUGACCCGCUGACGUCGACCUGAACAGAACCAGGGGCUAGCAGAGCUCCCAGACGUACUGGAAAACAGGAGAAAUGUGUGCAGUUAUGGAAUAUUCAUGAAGAUCCACUCAGCACCGUACAGAAAGCAAUAAGUGUUAAAGGAAAUGGGUUCAAGACUGUGAAAAAAGGCGGCAGCUCAUUUCUUGAAUCAUUGUGGUGUUCCACAUCUGGUGCCCAUUUAACAAAAAUAUUAAACAGUUUUAUUUUAUAUUUACUAGAUUGGACUUUUUAAAAAGCUUAAUUUUGCUCCUCAAUCAUUAAAUGCAUCAAUACUAAGGACUCCAACUAGUUUAAGCAUAUAAAACAUAAAGUAAAAGCAUGCAUCUUGAGGGAUUUUUUUCUUUUGUUUGUUUUAUUUUGUUUUGGUAAAAUCAGACAAAUAUUGGAGGCAUACAGUUGAAUUCCUAAAUGUGGAUCUUCUUUCAGUUUAGUUUUUUUUCUUUUUUCCUUUGGUUUAAAACGUCUACCUCGAUGAAAGAUCUGGGAGCACAUAUUUGUUUUUGUGUACCGUAGUAGUCCUUAAAAGGAAAAUCGAAAUUUGUCAAAGUAACAAACAAGAAAAACCCAAAUGAACAGAAAUCGGUACUGCCCGGGAGAAGAGUCAUCGGUGCAGCUCUAGAUUUAAUCCAAAUGUCAGGAAGGCGGUGAAAACAAUGUAUGGGUUGUUUAGCAGGCUGAUAAUCCGCCUCCUCUUACUCAAUAAGAAAGCAGAGGAUGUAGAAACUGUUCUUCCUCCCACUGUAGAAGCAAACCAGCACUAACAAGAUGUCACAAAACAUAAAGCACAAAAAAAAAAAACUGAUUACUGCCAUCUUCUCACGCCUCAGAUGUGGCUUCAUAUACAUACCGAUGAAUUAUUUCUUUUUUUUUUCUUUACUUUAAGCUCCCCUACCCUAACUGAGUGGAUGUCACUUACAUAUUAAAACAGUUUCAGUACAAAUUAAUUUUUUUAUCUCAUUCAGGUAUUUUUUUUUCUUUCGUGCACACUUCUGCUGGUUGUCAGCGAGACUGCACUGAAUCAAGAGCAAGCAUCAAGAUGUGGGCUUUGACUAGACCCAGAUUUGACCAUUUCUCAAUUCUCAGUCGGUUGUUGCUGGAUUUAAAUCUAAAACUAAAAUAUUAAUUUUGUAUGAUGGUAAAAAUUUGAUUUUUUAAAUUAAUAUAAAAGCCACAAAUAAAUAAAAAAAGACUCAUAUCUUUAAAAUUAAACUAUUAAUUAUUUGUUCUAAUAUAUCAUAUUGAUUGGAAACGUUCUAAUUUAUAAUACCUGGAAAUGUGAGUGUGUCUGCGCUGGCUUCUCGGUAUGUAUGUAUGCAGAAAUGUUUUUUUAAUCAGAAAAAAAUCAGUUUCUGUUGUUUUAAAUAUCAAACUGUCUUCUUAUCUCAUCAUUACUUUGUUUUAAAUCUUACAUAAAAACCUAGCCAAGAGACCAAAAAACAAAUUCAUUUUUUGCCCUCAUGUUGAUGACGAUGCUCAUUGUUUCAGAAAAUCUACUCAAACAAAACUUUAUAGAAAUGGAUAAAAAUAAUCUGUCUGUAAUCAUCCUUCUUCUUCUUUGUCCUGAAAAGCUUUGUUGACAAAACGGUGCACUUAACCAACAUACAGAGGAAAUGCGUCUAUUUGUCUUACUUCUAAACUAACGUCAAAUUUUCUGAGCAGAAAGUCUGAAGUGAAGAAAUGAGCCAGUGGAAAUGAUUUUGAGGGUUUUUGUCUGUGGUUUCAAAUCCUUCACCGUGUUUUGCUUUCUUCCUCCUGAACGACUUGAAGUAUCCCAGUCUUCCAGUGUUGACCUGACAGGUAGAAAGACUCGUGUGUGUUUAUCUAUGCACCCUGUGUGACUCUCAUCCACAUGACGGGCCCAUUCGAGAAGACGCCCAGCCAGACCGUCUGAAAAUGAAACUCACGUCCAUCAUCUUCCUCCUCUGUCCGAUGAUGUCAUCGUAACGCAAUAACGUACAUACGAGCUGCCGCUUUUUCUACUCUCCUUCACCUUCUUCAUCAGCAAUACUGGGAUCCGCAGGGGGCCGGAUACUGGAACCAGGUUCCAAAACUGGUGUGAGGUUAGUAGAAGUGCACUGGCGGAUAAUGUCUGUUUAUGUGUGAUUUUAAACAAAGCUGACAUAAUUGUUUUAUAUUUCUUCUAAAAAUAAAAGUCUAUCUUAAUAAAAGGCACUGGGAAAAUAGCAUGUAGUUACAUAAGAGCUGUAAGAGGAGAUCAGGAAGAUUGCAAUUCACUGUACAACUUGGACGCAGGUUUUCAGCCCCACUUCAGGAGUAAUUCAUUCGCUGCUGUGUAAAAUGUCCUAGAGAAAGAAUAAACCUGCAGACAGAGACAGAAAACACGUGUUGUAAAAUAUGCAUCGAACAGAUUUUAGCUUUGGAUUUAUUCUUCAAAUGUAUUUUAAAAAAUCCUAUUUACAGAUUUAUCGACCUCUUUCUGUGUACAGUAUUUAUUUCCUUUGGACUUGUUUUUUAAUGCGAAAUGAUGAAAUGGAAGAUAUGCAAAUGUAAAAUUUGUCAAGUGUCACAUUUCUUUCUGUAAAUUUUUGUUUUCAUUAAAAAUAAGUGAGCAGCAUUCAGGGAUCGUGUUUGUUUAAUGAUCGCUCACAAUCAAAAGACUGUUUUUAAGAAACCAAAAAAAAGAAAAACAAAACUGAGCUGUUAGUGGAUUGCUGGGUAGUUAGAGGUGUGAUUGAAAAGUGUCCUUUCUCUGAUCUGUUGUUUUUUUUU